AACCUUAUGUCCUUCCAUCAGAAAGAGUGGGGAGACUUUUUGUGCGUACAUUUUAUACAGAGAAAAGCUAGCUGAGAGCCAGAAGUCAAAGAAGGUCUUGUGAAUCUAUUCUCUCUGUACAUGACUUCAGACACGAUGCUUUGCGGGCUAGCCUUGACUUCCCUGUUAUUUGUAAGCCAAAUAAACCUUUCCUUCUCAGUGGGCAGGGCAUCUGUCAGGGCAUAUUGUCACAGCAAAAGAAAAGUAAUUCAUGAGCUGUGUGAACUCCACCUCAGUCAUUCACUCAGUUGUGCCUGUGUUUUGAGAACCAGUCUGCCAGGCAGUGUGUCAGGUGCUGAGGACAGUGCUCCUGCCCUCGAGUUGGUUGCUUAUAGUUGGUAGUGAUGGUGAGGCAACAGCUAGAUGGACAGUACGUGCACAAGAAAAGAAGUAUUCAGGGUGACUUUUCUUAGCCCAGCACAGUAAUGGGGGAGUUGUGCUGGAGAUGGUAUGCUUUUAAUAGGGUCUCGGGUUUCCUUAGGUAACAGAAAAAUGAGGGGUGAACUGGAUACCGAAUGAAAAAAUGAGGGCAUGACUGGCUAGGUAUGGUUGAGGAGAAGGUUUCUUAUAGUUGUGACAGAGAAAACAGCCAGAGACAUCUGGAAGGGGAGGGGGGUUCAGACUAAACAUGGUACUGCCACCUCUCUCUCUCUCUCUUUCUCUCUCUCUCUCUCUCUCUCUCUCUCUCUCUCUCUCUGUGUGUGUGUGUGAGAACCACAGAUGGUGGGUGGGACUUGUUCCAGGUUUCUUUGAGGCCUAACAGAUGCUAAAGGUUUCUUCUCAUCAUUAGUGGUGUCUUAUGAAGGCCUACCUAUGCUUGCAUCCUAGAAGGAAGAGCAAAGAUAUUCACAUCUAUUUUAUGUUGCUUGCUUUGGAAAUAAAUUUGAAUAAGAAGCAAUAGGUGAUCAUUUUAUGGUCUUUGGCACAUAUCUGCUGAACAUUAAGGAAGAAAAAAAUGUCAAAUUAAAAAAAAAAAAGACUGAGAGGGAUCAGAGGAAAGGUAUGGAUGGGUCUUCAACUGGGGCUGUACUCAGCCACAUCAGGGCAAAGAAAAACCUGGUCAAUCGGCCUUGCUGCUUACCCAGCGAAAGGUGGUGGCCACGGUUGACAGCUGUUGCCUGGAGAGGGGGGAGGAGGAGCUGGGGGCGGGACAGCCUGAAAGGCAGCCACUUCUGCGGACCUGCAGGAUUUCCGCUGAGAUCCCGGAAGAAAGCCAUUCCUGCCACUUUAAUCUCGUGAUGCUUAGCUGUGCUGCACUUCUGGAAACUGCAGAGGGAUCUAGCAAAAUAUGGCUGCGGAGGACCCUGCCACUCGACGAGUCCAGGUGGCAGAACAUCCCAGAUUGCUGAAGCUAAAAGAGAUGUUUAACUCUAAAUUUGGGUCCACACCCAAGUUUUAUGUUCGAGCCCCAGGAAGAGUCAACAUAAUAGGUGAGCACAUAGAUUACUGUGGAUAUUCCGUUAUUCCCAUGGCUGUGGAACAAGACAUGUUAAUAGCUGUGGAACCUGUGAAAACACACACUCUCCAACUGGCUAAUACAGACCCCUUGUAUCCAGACUUCAGUACUACAGCUAAUAACAUCUGUAUCGACAAGACCAAACCUCUAUGGCACAACUACUUCUUGUGUGGCUUUAAGGGAAUUCAGGAACACUUUGGCCUUAGUAAGCUGCCUGGAAUGAAUUGCCUGGUAGAUGGAAAUAUACCCCCGAGUUCGGGCCUCUCCAGCUCCAGUGCUCUGGUUUGCUGUGCUGGGUUAGUGACUCUCACGGUGCUGGGACUGAGACUUUCCAAGGUGGAACUUGCAGAAAUCUGUGCCAAGAGUGAGCGCUACAUAGGCACUGAAGGUGGCGGCAUGGACCAGUCCAUAUCAUUCCUUGCAGAAGAAGGAACUGCCAAGUUAAUAGAAUUUAGCCCUCUGAGAGCGACUAAUGUGAAGCUCCCCAGUGGGGCAGUCUUUGUGAUUGCCAACAGCUGCAUGGAAAUGAACAAGGCGGCCACUUCACAUUUCAAUGUCAGGGUGAUGGAGUGUCGACUGGCGGCAAAGGUCCUUGCUAAACACAAAGGCUUGCAAUGGGAUAAUGUCCUGCGGCUAGAGGAAGUGCAAAGCAAACUCGGGAUUAGUCUGGAAGAGAUGCUGUUGGUCACAGAGGAUGCCCUUCAUCCUGAACCCUACAGCCGGGAGGAGAUCUGCAGGUGCCUGGGAAUUAGCCUCGAGAGACUCCGCACCCAAAUCCUGACUCCAAAUACUCAAGAUGAACUCACCUUUAAGCUCUACCAGCGGGCCAAGCACGUGUACAGUGAGGCUGCACGCGUGCUGCAGUUUAAGCAGGAAGUUUGGGGCCAAAGGCUCACGACUUACUGGAGCAGGAUGGGGAGGCUGCACUGUGUCCCUCGUGCCCGCUGACAUGCUGUCCAGCUUUCUCGCCAGUGUGCACGAAGCUUAUUACCAGGGGAACACAUCCCGCCUGGCUCAGGAGAAGCAUAGCUUGUUUGCCACCAAGCCUGGAGGCGGGGCCUUGGUUUUCCGUGAGGUCUAAACAAUGUCAAACAUCUCAGAGAAACUAUUUUGGGUAUUAAGGAGCUGGCGGGGCUUCCUGUGCCACAGUAAAUCAGCUCUUUUUCUGUUUUGUGUUGUGAGGUACGUUUGCUAUUAUCAAGAUGCAUUUCUAAAGAAAUGGUGAAAGCUAGACUUCAUAAUGACCACUUUUCUUUCUUACAUGUAUUUUUAUGAAUCAGAGACAAGGAUAUGCUUAGAUAGACCUUUGAGGUAUGAUUAAGAUUUAUUGAUAUGAAGAUUUAAAAGAUGAACAGCAAAAUGUACUUUUAAUUGAACACUGCUCCAAUUAAACUGAUACAACUGAA